AUGGCUACCGCCGCUGUCAGAGUCCUGCAAGCUGCAGCAACAGGGCCUUGCCACGUGUCGCUUCAGAGAAAUGCGAUCAAACUACAGAAUCAGGCCAAGUCUAACAGCUGCGGAUUCAGAAGAUCCUGCGGGUUUGCCUCUCUCUCCGCCUUCCAAAAAGACGCAAUUUCCCAUGAGAGACGGUUCACCGCCUUUGCCACGUCGUCCGGCUCGACAUCCACGUCAGAAGCCGAGCAGAAGCAACAACAAGAAGCCACGUCAGACGCCAAGAAACCCGCAUUCGAGGACGUGCCGGAAGUAAUCGACGAGGACGUUGGCGAGGUCGAGAAGAUUCUGGGAAGCCGCGUGGCGGAGGACGGCGUGACCCAGUAUUUGAUCGAGUGGAAGGACGACCAUCCGGACAGCUGGGAGCCGCGCGAGAACGUCGCGGCGGACCUGGUGGCGGCGUUCGAGGAGCCGUGGUGGACUGCGGUGCGGCGCGGUGACGAUGCGAAGAUCCAGGAGCUGCUGGCGGAGGGGCGCGACGUGAACGCCGUUGAUGGGAAUGGGCGGUCCGGGCUGCUGUUCGCGGCGGGGCUUGGGAAUGAGAAGGUGAGUGCGGUGAUGAUUACGAAGAAUGCAGGGAUGAAAAGGUGCGUGGGGGAUGAGAAGGAAUUGGAUAAUGAGAAUGCGAGCUACGUGCUCCAUUCUUCCAUCUCCUUGCCCUGCCAGGCCACCUCACAUUCUUCCAUCUCCUUGCCUUGCCAGGCCACCUCUCAUUCUUCCAUCUCCUUGCCUAUAACUGAGCUUCUCCUCCCAUCACCCCUCUACCUCCCCCCUCCCCCAAUCAGCUACGUGCAUUCGACGAUAGUGCGCGCGCUGCUGGAUCACGGGGCGGACCCCGAGCAGGAGGACAAGCAGCAGCGCUCGCCCCUCAUUCUCGCAGAGCAGCUGCUCAAGGCCACUCCCGCUAAUAACCCCGGCGCUUUUGCCCGGCGCCUGGCCCUUGAUAACGUGGUGAAGAUGCUCGAUGAGGCGGUGUUUGAGGAAUCCGAGGUGGAUCAGAUCCUAGACAAGCGCAUAGCAGAGGACGGCACCGUUGAGUACUUAGUUAAGUGGCAGGACGACUCGGAGGACAGCUGGGAGCCGGUGGAGAACAUUGGGGAGGAUUUAGUUAAGGAUUUUGAAGAGGGGUUGGAGUACGGUGUAGCGGAGAAGAUUCUGGAGAAGCGGGUGGUGGGGGCGUCGCAGGGUGGCGGGGAGGGUGUGGUGGAGUACUUAGUUAAGUGGCAGGACUCGGAUGAGAACACGUGGGAGCCGGAGGGGAACGUGGCGGCUGAUGUGAUUGCGGAUUUUGAGGGGGUGAGUGUGGAGGAGGUGGAGGCACGGCUGGGGAAGGAGGGAGAGAAGUAA